AUGGAUAUCACCAUCCACAACCCCCUGAUCCGCAGACCUUUCUUCUCUUGGUUGGCACCGAGUCGUAUCUUUGACCAGAUUUUCGGGGAGCACCUGCCGGAGUCGGAGCUGCUCCCUGUUUCCCCCAGCUUCAGCCCCUUCCUGAUGAGAUCCCCCAUCCUUCGGAUGCCCAGUUGGCUAGAGACAGGACUCUCGGAGAUGCGACUGGAUAAGGACAAAUUUUAUGUGAACCUGGAUGUGAAGCAUUUCUCCCCUGAGGAGCUGAAGGUGAAGGUGCUCGGGGACAUGAUCGAGAUCCACGGGAAGCACGAGGAGCGCCAGGACGAGCACGGCUUCAUCGCCAGGGAGUUCAGCAGGAAAUAUCGCAUCCCGGACGAUGUGGACCCGCUGACCAUCACGUCGUCGCUGUCGCUGGACGGGGUGCUGACCGUCAGCGCUCCCCGCAAGCAGAGCGACGUCCCCGAGCGCAGCAUCCCCAUCACCCGUGAGGACAAACCGGCCAUCGCAGGCGCCCAGAGGAAAUAG